AUGUCUAAACCUCAAAAGACAGGAAAGAAGUUGACAUAUUCUAUUUUUAAGAUAUCUAGUGAGGACGAUAAUUUCCCAGGAACUGAACUGAUGUCUUCCGAUAAAUAUUGCAAAGGUUGGCAGAGCCAGAGAUUCUGAAGCAAUCCUCAGAUAAUCUUGAUUCAAUUUCCAAGUACAGUCAGAGUUAGACUAGUGCAGUUCUUAUGCCAUGAAUAUAAAAUACCAAGUGAGAUAGAAUUAGUGGCUAUUACUAAAGGAGGAGAGAAAAGCAUGAGACUAGGAUCGUUUAAGCUACAAGAUAAUCAUUCAACUCAAUAUAGAUCAAGGGAGUUAAAGUCAGUCUAUGUUGAAGUUGAUUGAAAAUAUUUGAAAUUAAUCUUGUAUAAAGCCCAUGCAAAUACCAAAAAUUUGUUUUCCCAAGUUGCUCUAAUGUCUCUCACUGUAUAUGGAGAUUUCAUCGGAUAUGAAGGAGAUUAUGUCGAAAAUCUAAAAACAGUUGAUCCUUUAGGAAAAGUUUCAGGCUAUCUCCAACCUAUUGAGCGUAAUCUGCAUACUCCACAGGAGAAUAGUGGUAAUAUGUACUUCUCACAGUCCGGAUUUAUGUCUCGGCAGAGUCGGCUUUUGAAUGAUAUGAUUGGGGAUAAGAUGAAGGUUCUUAAUAAUGAAAUGAAAUAACGCAAAAAUUUCAAAUGAUAUGGAUAAAGCCAAGAAACUAAAGAAAGUUAUCGACAAAACAGUGAAACUAUCUAAAUUAGCUAAAGAGUUAGAGUUUAACAAAUUUCAAGCAAUAGAUAACGAAGAUUAUGAGUCUGCUAAAAUAAUUAAGGCCGAGUUAGAUAAAGUUAAGAAGAAUUUAAUGUCAAUUUCAACUCUUCCUUCGAUGAGAGGAUCUGCAUUAUCUAGCAGAGGAAGUAUAAGAACACCAACGUCUGAAGGCAGAGUUUCUUCAGAAGAUAGGACUAAUCCUAGUUUUCAGCUCUUGCAAUCAAUUUCUCAAAUAGAAUCUGAUUUAAAGAGAGUUAACGUAAACUUUGAAAAAUCAGAACCAUCUACAUUCAUGAACCAUAACUUCAAAGUCAAUAAUACUUAUGAUGAAUCCAUUGGAAAUAUGAGGCCCCCACAACCUAUGGAUCAUGAUAUGGUGCAAAUGAGACCUGAUUCUAGACAGAUAAAUCCUCAAAGAGUUCCCACUCAGCACUCUAUGAGUAACCAAGCUUAUGUACAAAGUGAGUAUCCUCAAGAAGAAUUUGGACCUGAUGACACCUUAUCAAGACAACAAUUCGAUGAAACUGUCAUUCCAAUGCAUAAUAAGGAUCCAAUUGAUUUCAAUAAGAUUAAGGAUGACAAAGAAGAUUCUCAAAAAGGAGGAGAAACUGAAGAAGAAAAAUUGAAUGCUCAAGAUAAAUCUAAAAUAGACAUAAUGAAACAAUAUUAUGAUGAAGAUACUCUCAAAUUACUCCAUUCCAAGAAAUGGCAGAACAGAAAGAAAGGCUUGGAGUCGUUUAUUGGCCAGAUGCCCUCUAGUCUAAAGGAGCAUGGAAUUGCUGCUCAAGAGCAUGCUAUUAAUAUAUUCUUUUCAUCUUGAAAAGAAAAAUUAAGUCAGCUCUCAGAACUCUCUAUGAAGCUUUUUGAAGAGUUACUAGCUGUGUCAAAAAGUGCUGGCUUUGAGUUAAAGUUUGAUUCAAGUAAAGUCUCUCAGAUGAUAAUGGAAGUCUUGGAUAAAAGAGAACUUGAUAUUAUAAAGGAUAAAGUGCUUACUGGGGGAUUUUUCGAUUUCAAUCAAAUCUCUUCUUUCAUAUUAAGUGAAAGAUCAUACAAGAACAAAAGAUUCAUUACGUCAGAUGUUCAUAUAUUAGCAAGAUUAGAGUUAAUGAACUUUAUGAUCGAAAAAUCAGAAGAAUUUCCUUCAAAGAAGCAAUUCCCCCUGAGUGAGAUACUUGAGUACUCUAUUAGUAAACUGGCUCAUCCUAACAAAGACUUAAGAAACAAUGCUAAGAAGAUAGUUGUUCAAAUGUAUCAAAAAUCUGGAUGGUAUUACCUCGAAGCUCAUAUUAAGAGAAGCGUUCCUCAGAAUCAGCUUCAAAACUUAAUAAAGGACAUUCCAGAAGUCAAAUCAUUAAUGCCAAAGAAAGACCCGCAUAAAGGUAGUCAAGGCUUAAGGGAAGCAUUGAAGGCAGUCAAAGAGGCGAGCCAAGUUGUAGAAAAAUCUGAGCCCAAGAAGAAGAAAAAGUAAUAGGAAUAAGA